CGGCAAACGCCCACGUGACGUGCUUGUUUUUUUUGUCUGGUCAAGAAUUCUUGAUGAAGUCAAAUUCUCAAAAUGUCUAGCGACAGGGCUAUUCUCCACUACCGUUUGGGACUUGCAGGACUCACGACUUGCCAUAUACUCACACCUCAACCCAAGGUCUACUCACAUUUCAUUCAAGCACGCUUGGAUAACAAUCUUAGAUUGCGAAAGCGUCACUACGAAUCAAAGCAUCAUCGCUCGAGCGCUCAGCCAAUACCGCACGACACGACACGCCACGACACCAGCCCGCACUAUCCCGGACGGCGCCUAGCGACCAUGACGCUGGGACAAGCAUUGACAGAGGAUGAGGUGGAUGAGAUCCUAUACUGCGCUAGGAUCGGAGACAUCGAAGAGCUCAGAGCUGCGAUUGGACAGAGCACGCUCACACACCAGACAAGCGAGGCUUCACCUGGUCAAAACACCCGGCUCUCGGGUAAAGAAGCGCUGGAUGUGCUGCAAAGAGCAGUGACAGAGGAAGGCAACUCUGCGCUACAUUACGCCGCUGCGAAUGGCCACAUGGCCGUGGUGUCGGAAAUUGUUGCGAGCGCGCCUUUGGACCUUAUCUUGCUGGCCAAUACAUCCGGCAAUACUCCAGUCCACUGGGCAGCUCUCAACGGUCAUCUCCACUGCGUACAAGCGCUCGUCGAUCGCGUAGAGAAUCUUUCGCCCACACCCAGCAUCCCGCCGCCAAGAGCAGAUGGAGAUGGCUCCGAAGCAGGCGAAGAAGAGAGGAAUAGGCGGGCUGCAGAAGCAAGGAGCACAUGGGAUACCAGAAAUAAAGCGGGAAGAGGACCGAUGAGCGAAGCUCAGUUGGCUGGAAAGGAAGAGGUGGUGCAGUGGUUGUUGGGCAGGAUGAUCGGUGGACCCACACCCAGCGCGAGCAAGGAGCAAAUUGGCCAAGAUACGCCUCAAGAUUCUGCUGUGGAAGAGACGAGACAAGGCGUGGAGAAAUCGUCUUUGCAGUCAUGAUGCGGCCGCAGGGAGAUCGACACUCUUACCCCUCGGCGCAUCAAUUUGCUCGAUCCGACCUGACCUCUUCAUCUCUGAAUAGGCGAAGUAGGUUGCUACAACGGUCUACCACAUAAUAGCAUUGUAUAACCUAUUCUCUCACGAUCCCGAGAGGGGGAAUGAUUUGC